UCGCAGAGCGCGGCCGUGGCACCCGACGCCAAAACUUACUGACUUGUCACCGUAACCAACGAAUUACGCCUCGUCUGACGGGGAGUCUCGCUCUAACUCUGGUUUGUUUGUUUGUUUUUAAUGCCCCCCGGAGUGGGCUCUUGCCUAUUCUUGAUGGCAUUCCCGAAUUGUAACGUAAGAACGCAGAUUGGCGCUUUCUGUGGGCGCACCGUGGAAUGAGAGCGGAGAGGGGAUCGGCGCGUCCGAAGAGUUUCGCGUUUCUGGGGAUCGGGUGCUCGCUUCACUCCCCAUCGAUCAAGGUGACCACGGCGGCGCGACCCGAGCGUUUCCCCCGGAGGCUUGCUCGUUAAAUGCGGCUGCCGUGUGUUCCUCCGGUGUCUUUUCCCCGGGCCCCCUUUUCCUGCCGGUUUGCAUGAUCUGCUGCGCGCCUCCGUCGCGAUGCUGCUGUUGAUUUCGGCUUCCUCCGCGCUGUCCUCUCGCUGGCGGAGCCCAUCUUGAGUUCACGGGAGGGGGAGUGAAGGCGCAUCGCCCCCAUCGCCGCCGCCUUUGCUGCUGCUGCUGGUGGUGGAAGAGGACGAGAACGAAGGAUCUUGCGCGCCCCGGCUUCUCCCCUGGCUGUGCACCUUCGCCAGGCUCAUGGUGAGGAUCAAGGCGGUGCUCUUCUGGGCUCUGGUGCACAGCUACUGUGGUCUCUGCGCCUGCAUUGAGCUGCUGAAACUUUUGUGGAGCCUGGGCACCAGGCCAGGCAAGACCUUCCAGUGGCUGAUCCGAGAGAACCCGCCGGGAUGCCUCAGUGACCCUUCCUUGGGCACUCACUGCUAUGUCCGGAUCAAGGAUUCUGGGCUGAGAUUCCACUAUGUAGCUGCUGGAGAGAGGGGUAAACCUCUUAUGCUGCUUCUUCAUGGCUUUCCAGAAUUCUGGUACUCUUGGCGACAUCAAAUGCGUGAAUUUAAGAGUGAAUAUCGAGUUGUGGCCUUGGAUUUGAGAGGUUAUGGAGAAACAGAUGCUCCCGCCCACCGAGAGAAUUACAAGCUGGAUUGUCUGAUUACAGAUAUAAAGGAUAUCUUGGAGUGUCUUGGAUACAGCAAGUGUGUGCUGAUUGGUCACGACUGGGGUGGAAUGAUUGCUUGGCUAGUUGCUAUUUGUUAUCCAGAAAUGGUGACAAAGCUUAUUGUUGUGAAUUUUCCGCAUCCCUCCGUUUUUACAGAAUACAUUGUGCAACAUCCAUCACAGAUGAUUAAAUCGGCCAACUACUAUUUCUUCCAAAUGCCAUGGUUUCCAGAACUUAUAUUUUCAAUAAAUGAUUUUAAGGUGUUGAAAAACAUCUUUACCAGCCAUUCUAGUAGAAUUGGAAAGAAAAGCUGUGGGUUAACAACAGAAGACAUUGAAGCUUAUCUUUAUGUAUUUUCCCAACCAGGAGCACUAACUGGUCCAAUUAAUCACUAUCGAAAUCUUUUCAGUUGUCUGCCGCUGCAGCAUCAUGAAGUCACCAUGCCUACUCUACUGGUAUGGGGAGAAAAAGAUCCUUUUAUGGAAGUUGAGAUGGCAGAAAUCACAAGAAUUUAUGUAAAAAAUCAAUUUCGACUUACUGUUCUGUCUGAAGCCAGCCAUUGGCUCCAAGAAGAUCAGCCUGACAUUGUGAACAAGUUGAUAUGGACUUUUCUAAAAGAAGAGUCAAGAAAAAGAGAGUAACUCUUUUGACAGCACAACUGAAAUAUUAAAAGAUCAAAGUUCAGUGUAAGCAGGGUCACAUUAAUGGCAAAAUGUUAGAUUGAACUAUGCUAGAGAAGAUAUUUUCAAUGUACUGUAUAUAUUGAUGCCAAUAUUCUUACCAGGGUGGUGUAAGACUAUGUAAUAUUAAUGUUGGUUUUACCUGUAUUGUGUAUUUUGCACAUGGAACACUUGCCUUAAAAUGUUUGUGCUUGUACAGUAAGGAACUCAUAGAAAGUUGCUUAGUUUUGGUUACUUACUUGCUUUAAGAUGUGUGGUGCCUUUUAUGAAUUUAUAAUUAUCUCAGUGCAGGGGUACCAGUUGUAAAAGAAACAAUUAUUGGUAAACUGAUCAAUUUUCAUUCUACUGGUUGGAAUUUUUUAAACUAUAUUUUUAUCAUUAAAAAUGUUAAUAGAUCUUUUGAUCUACAGUAUAUAUAAUUUUAGAAAUCUAAAAAUGUUUGGGCACACCGGAAAUCAAUCAGAUAUAAUCAUUAAAAACUUGAUUGCUUCUUGUGCAGUGGUAUAAAUUUAAAAAAAAAUAGGAUGUGUGCACACAGUAUUUUAAAAACUAAAAUAGAAAAUGAAGAACCACAAUCAUGACUUGUAUAUUCUACUCUCGUUCUAAUAAACCGCAACUGGCAUUGUGCCCUGUA